AAAAUCAGAAACUUAAGCUUUUUGUGCAAAAUUUUUGAUUUUAACGCCCAUGAAUUGAAUUAAAUCGCAGUGUGCUUUAUUUUAAUAAAUGUUAUGCUCGACGCCGUGAGAGCGGUUUGUGUGUUGUGUUUGUUGGUUGAUUGGAAAAGGGGCGGAAAAGGUUGCGAUGGGGGUCGCAUGUUUUUGGUUCGAGUGUUUUCGGUUCAGAUGUUUUUGGUUCGGUGUGUGUCGCGUUCGGAUGUUGGCGGGGUCGUUGUUGAUUUUUUAUUUAGCUCUUUAAUUUUAUCCUUGCACAUGCGCAUCUACGCCAUAGGUGGACCCCGCCACAGCUAACAACCUAUUGCCCCGAUGGGUCGGGUCGAUUAUCUUAGUCUUUUUCAGUCGAUGUACGAUCGGAUUGAUUGUCUUAGCCCGCAUCGUCCAUAUCAAUUUUCAUCAGAAUGCAUCCACAUCGAAUAUUAGUGUACUAUUUACAUGCGAGGGCCUUGAUGCAUAGUGUACAUAGUGCACUGUACAUGCGGAGACCUCCUCCACGCCCUUCUUUUUCAAUGCGUUUGCGAAGAAUACGCUUUUUUAUCUGAUUGCGGUAGAGACCCGGCCCUUUCUGGUUCUUUCUUUAAAUCCCUUAAGCCCGUCUCAUAGCCUUGCUAUUCUCCUCGUGGAGAGCAAGAACUACAAGGAACUACUCUGAUGUGGAUGACGAUGACGAACUGUCUCGAGAAGCGCUCUCGCAAGGUACUUACGCG